GAAUUUAAAGCUCAAAAUCUUCUGGGCUGCAUCCACUCCAGGCUUAAUGCUGUUCACUCAGUAGAGCCAAGCUUCUGUUUCCAGACUGUACCCUACAGCAGUAACCUGUUCCACAUCUUUGGUGGUGAUUUUGACCCUGUGUGGGAAGGACAUGAGCCAAGGCCUGAGCCUCCUACACAGAGUGCUGACAGAAGGACCAGAAGAUGAUAUACAACAUGCACCAUUCAAGCUGCUUGGCUUGAAGUGGCUGCCCACACUGACUCGACUUCAGGCUCAGGAGCUGAGCCCUUACGAGGUGGGAGAGCCGCUCUGCCACGGCAGCCAGGACAGUCUGAUGACCUCUCCUGCUCUAGUGUGUGCACUUGGACGGAUGAAUGCUUUUGCUUCACUGGAAAAGCUCCUACCACACGAUUACCCUGGUAACCUGAGUGUCCUGAUGUCACCCACCCCUGAAGUGGCCUUCAGACAAGUCUCCCUCUUCUUCUUUGAGCAUGAGAUUAUUCCUGACCACAGCGUAUGCCCAUCUCUGAAGUUCUUUCCCCAAAACUGCAGUACAAAAGAUCCACAGAUGCUACUCACUGUGUGCCUAUUCAAGCCGAGAGUCUGGAGUCACUCUCUGACUAAAAUAUUCCACAAACUCCAGCAGAGUGGCCUCAUGUUGGUGGGCCUGCAAGUAGUGACCCUGGACAAAAGCGAUGCUACUUCAUUACUCCCUGCAGAGAGUGAGCCCUCAGACUUGGAGGCCCAUGUGGAUUACCUAGGCUCUGGUUCCUCACUGGCUCUCUGCCUCCAGGGAGAAAAUGCUGUGAGAAGGCUGUUGGAUGUGCUGGGCAAGGAGGACUCAUCCCUCUGGACAAACAGUUAUGGAUCGAGAUCAAAUGAGAAGGCAACAGAGGAUGUGAAGAGGCUUUUCCCAGAUGGGCUAUGCUGUACUGAGACCAGCACAAUGAGACAGGAACAGAUACGCAGCAUGUGUUCAGACCCUUUAGCCUCUUUGGAGCGUGAACAGAGCUGCAUGCUGGCGUCUGUGGCCCAGGAAAUUCUGUCACCUUCAAAUGUAUCAAGACCAAAUGGAGGGUCCGUGAUACACAGUCCUCGCUGGCAGACAACCUGUCUGCUGAUACCCUUAAAUGCCCCACUGCUCAGCCAAGUGCCAACCCAGCUGGAGAUGCUGGAGCAACUGCUGAGGUCAGGCUGCCAUCUGGUGGCAGGGAGGAUGAGCAUGUUGGAUAACGAGCAGAGGAAACAUAUCGCUGAGACACUGGAAGUGUCAACAAGUGGAAAUGAGGAGAUGACUCGUCUUUAUAUGGCCCCGUGUCUCAUCUUGGCUCUGCAAGGGGAGAAGAUUGUGACUGGCUUUAAGUUGAUUCUUGAAAGCAUUUACAAGGACAGGACAGACCUAGAAAAUGUGGAGAAAAUGAUCAUCUACCCAGGAAGUGAGAAAGAGGCCAAGCAGCUGAUAUGCUACCUAUUUGAUGCCUUGUCUCCUGAAAGCUGUCAUGCUAUUGUGCCAUAAAAUUCAAAUAUGCAAAAGGACAUUUUCCAAAGAAUUAGCAGCAUCUUUCAACAUUUUCAAAAGGUUUUUGCUCAGAAAAAAAGCACUCCACAGUGCCAGCUGUUCCAUAAAUAGUUGUUUGUUUAUAUAAAUAUUUUUUU